AUGGAGGCUCGGAACGGGCCUGUUGAGUGGCAGAAACGGCUCCCAAGAUUGGUCGAUGCGCCCUCGACCGUUUGUGUCUUCAGACGGUCGCGAGGGCCGACUUUCUGGUCGAAAUUUUUUGUUUUUCCAGUUUCAUUGGACAGCUCAUAUCCCCUGAGAAAACCUCCAAAAUAG